AUGAUAGGAAAAUUCAUAGAGAAGGCUGAAGCUACACUUCAGAACCAAAAUGCAGUUAUCAAAAAUUUGGAAAUUCAGGUGGGGCAAUUAGCUAUAGCAUUGACUGGUAGAACACUGGGAAACUUGCCAAGUAACACGGAAAUCAACCCCAAGGAACAAGCCAAGGCCAUUACAACUCAAAGUGGAGUGCAAUUACCGAAAAUACAUAUUAAGAGGCCGGCUGUGAUUGGGGAGGCAACUUCUCCAGUAGAAGAAGAAACUUUUGAACAAGAUGAACAACCAAAGGAAUCAACCCUCGAGAAAAGCUCAGAAAAGUUAUGGGAUAAAGCCAAAGUUACAAUCAGCCCAUAUGAACCUCCAAUUUCUUUUCCACAGCGGUCGAAGAAGCAUAAAACGGAGCAGCAGUACAAAAAGUUUCUAGAAAUCUUCAAAAGGCUCCAUAUCAACAUUCCACUAGCCGAUGUACUCUUUCAGAUGCCUAACUAUGAGAAAUUUCUCCAGGAUAUUCUAUCAAAUAAACGUAAGUUAGAGGACCAUGAGACAGCAAUGCUUACAAAGGAAUUUUGUUUCGAAAAAGCCUUAUAUGACACUGGUGCAAGUAUUAAUUUAAUGCUUCUAUCUGUUUUCAGGAAACUUGGCUUGGGAGAGGCUAAAGCGCCUACUGUUACACUUCAGCUGGCUGACACAUCCCAGAGGAAUAAUUGA